GCUGUGAGUAUCCAAUUCCCAAGCAGGCAAGCACCCUCCACUAACUAGUCGCACGUUGUUAAGUGCGCAACCUUCGGUAACGAGAUGAAAUCAGGCCCCGUCCAAACUCACAUGGGCGACGACUCGUGUGGCCACGACAUGAAGCUGCUGAUGCCACCAUAUCCACAUGGCGCCAGCGGUUGAGCGGUAGCACCAAGGCACCUGCCCCGCUGGUCGACAAAACCCUGUGCUGCGCCUGCGACAUCAUCAAGCUGCUGCCGACCGGCACUGUCAUGGCCUUCCAUGCGCUGGCGCCGUCCUUCAGCAACCACGGUGUAUGCGGCACUGCCAGCCGGUACCUUACCCUCGUGCUCAUCGCUGCUUGCGCCGCCUCCUGCCUGCUGCUCUCCUUCACCGACAGCCUGGUCGGACACGACGGCCGGCUCUACUAUGGCGUCGCCAUGCCGCGGGGCUUCUACCCGUUCAACUUCGACGACGGGACAUGCGACGAGCGGACGUGCAAGUUCAACGACAUGCCGAGGAUGAAGAUCAAGGCGCUGGACUUCGUGCACGCGCUCGUCUCCGCGGUACUGUUCAUCGUCGUGGCCCUCGGCAACGCCGGCAUACAGAGCUGCCUGUUCCCGGACAUCGGAUCAGACGUCAGGGAAGUGCUCAUGAACCUGCCGGUGGGCCUAGGGUUCCUGUCCAGCAUGGUGUUCAUGAUCUUCCAGACAACCUGGAAGAGCAUCGGCUACACGGACCUGAUGCCUCGCCAACAAGAACAUGGGAAACGAAGCAAUAAUAAUGCCGUGUAUAAACAAAAAGAAAGAUCCGGUUGAUUAUUAUUAUCAGUUUACCAACAAUAACCACGGUUUCCAUCUAUGCAAUGCACCCUAAUUUGUUUUUAAUACAUAUUUAAGUUGAAAUUAAACCUUAUCUUAGACCAUAUAAA